AUGGACCGUCCACGUCGCGUCACUAUCUCCCCUUCCACUCCUAGGAGCCGAGCUAUGGAUAAAUAUGAGCAGCUGUCUGUUGUCGGCGAGGGAUCGUACGGUGUGGUGUUGAAAUGUCGUCGUCGUGACACCGGCCAACUCGUCGCUAUAAAGAAGUUUCUCGAAACAGAAGACGAUGCCGCUGUCAGGAAAAUGGCACUCAGAGAAAUUAGAAUGUUAAAGAAACUGCGUCAUGACCAUCUAGUGAACAUGAUCGAAGUGUUUCGUCGUAAACGACGUUUCUACCUGGUGUUCGAAUAUUUGCAUCACACACUACUUGAUGAGCUCGAAGCGUCUCCUGGUGGCUUGGGAGAAGAUACAGCUAAAAAACAUCUCUACCAAUUACUGAAGGGCAUCGACUAUUGUCACCAGAACUCGAUUAUUCAUCGAGACGUGAAACCGGAAAAUGUAUUAGUUUCCAACAAUGGUAUAGUCAAAUUGUGCGAUCUCGGCUUCGCGAGAGCUUUGGCUGCGCCCGGCGAGCCUUACACGGAGUAUGUGGCGACCAGGUGGUACAGAGCUCCGGAGUUACUGGUGGCUGAGCACAGGUACGGUCCAGAAGUUGACAUAUGGGCAAUAGGAUGCUUGUUUGCGGAAAUGUUGACUGGCGAUCCGUUGUUCCCCGGUGAUUCCGAUAUCGAUCAACUGGCGUUAAUUAUUAAGACUGUUGGCAAGCUGGCGCCGCGUCACCAGCAAGUGGUGUCGCGGCUGUCGGGCGGCGCCGCGCUGUCGGCGGGCGGCGCGCGCGCGGCGCUGCCGGGCGCGGCGCGCGCGCGCGACCUGCUCGCCGCGUGCCUCCGCACCGAGCCCAGGGCUAGGCCGACUGCUUCCACUUUGUUGAGACAUAAAUAUUUUAUCGAUGACGGCUUCGCGGAAAGUUUCAAUGCGGAACUCAGGAAGAAAUUGGGCAAAGAAAUUGAAUCUCCUCCGGCGCAAUCAGCGGCGCGCGUCGCCGGCAAGCCUCGCCAGCAAUGGACGUUGAACAUAAUAUCUGAUCAGAGCAGAUCUCGCACAAGCAGUACUGCGGGAGAAUCGCUUAUUGAUUAUAACUAUACGCCAACUCAUAUGGAGACCGCACCAGUCGAUAAGAAAUUGCCGCCACCACAGCAUAAUAUAGAUGAGGUGACAUCAAGCACGAGUACAGCAGUAGGGAGUACGGGCGCGCUGCGGCCCUCCCUGCCGCGGUCGCUGGCGCGCGCUAUAGACGACACCUUCCAAAACUUUCCAGUGCCGGUCAAUGCUUAUCCACGCACGCCGUAUAUUAAAAAGGUCAACAAUAAGCUGGUGAUGGAAGACGAGAUGUUGCGCGGUCGAGCGGUUGCUAAAAAGGCUAAUAAGAAAAUGAUACCGGACUUUUCACUGCCUUACGUACCCGGAGCUAGCAACAGCCCAAUUAAGAAGGCGAAAAAACCACCCACAUAUAAUACUACGGCCAAGUCAUACGACAUAUGGAACAACAAUGUCACGCCGAAUUCUAGGACGCCUACAAAUCUUCCCUACAUG